ACCAUGGGCACCCUUAUCUGUUGCACUCUGCUUGACCAAUUCCCUCCGGUGCUGCUGGUAUACUACGUAUACUCCGCACGAAAGCGUGUAUAUCGUACUUGUGGAUGUCUGAAGACAGGCAGGAACGAUCUGAACCUUCGUGCGGGUCCAACCAACUGGUCAAUUGGCAGAUUGACCUGUUCUUACUAUCCUCGUAAACUUUCAUUCAUGCAUUCGCACGUGCCGUUUCAACUGGCUGACGCUGUCUUUCAGAUGCAUUGGGCAGGCGAAUUCAGAACAGCUUGUUAUGAAACGACAGCGAUCUGUGGCACGUUAGUUCCAACCUCAAUGGCGGUUACAGGUUACCUAGGGCUUCCUGCGGAAAUGGCCAAUAUACUCCUCCGACCUCCGACUCACUCAGUCACUCGCUCACUCGGAUCACUCCUGUUUGGUGUACCCUGUACCCAUAUGAUCGCCCUGUCGCUCGACACGUACUCGUUACGGGUCAUCAUCGUGAUCUAUGCGCCUACAACAAACGCUACAUCCUUAAUCUAACCUGCUAAUCCUACGCUCGUGCUGAGCGAGAAAGUUAUUCCUCUGGUCCAUCUUCUCUGCAUCGUCCGAUAAAUUUCAAAUCUUAGUUCAAUGUUUCACUUUCUUUUUUCACUUGUAUGAUGAUGAACACUUCUAGGUUAACACCUCGGUAUUGGCAUCCUAAUUGAGGAACUCGUUGUGACUUUUUCAAUGAAGGAACAGAAGCUCUUGCAUGUGGACAUAUUCGAUGACCGACAAAUUCUGUAUUGUUAAUUUGAUGUUCAACAUUUUCUUUCUUCAGCUACGAUGUUGCCAAUCCUAUAAUGUCUAUAUUAAUGUCAUAAUAUAUUACUUAUUGCUAUCAUUGCAUACGGGAGACGUUCAGAAAAUGUAUGGGUUUAGAAGUUUAAUGUUUAAAAAUCCAAAAGUUACAAGUGAAAACCUAUGGCCAACAUACUUGUCUCCAACAUACUUGUCUCCAAAACUUGUCUCCAAUAUACUUGUCUCCUAAUCUCAUCACAAAGUGUCCAUUACAUAAAAUUGUACAGGUCCAACGUAAACGAGUUAUCCACCCGCACCCCGCAUGAUCCUCAAGCAGACUAACCGGCGUUACGAUUGACGCGGAGCGCAUUCCUCUUCUUUGAUACACUUUAUUGGCCUAAUAGAGCCGAAUUGUUGCCGUAUCGUGUAAAGCGUGGUAAGCUCUAGACGUCUUACACGAAAUGGUUCUUCUUUUGUAAGACAAUUACGUUGUAUGCAAAACAAACGUCCAUCGGUGAGGCACGUGUGAAUUGGGUCGCACUUGAUACACAUUGGGAAACAUUGCUCUCAUAAUCGGGUUGUUAAUAAAUGUGUUGCUUUCAACGGGUCAAAGCAAUUAUCUUCCCUCCAGAUUUAUUGCUUUAUUAGAGAAUUAUGUGUAUCUAUUUCGAGCGUGCCUCGUUUGCUGUAAUAUCGCCUAUUAUAUGUAUCGUGCAUUACAAGAAUAUGCGUAGGUGAAUAGUAAAUUAUUAGAAGAAGAAUUUACAAAUAUUAA